AUGACGUCCACUCUUCAGGAAUUCAUCCACUCACUAAAUCCUAGAACCCUCCCAAGGGUCCUUCAGAUUCAAUCAGGCAUCUAUGUCCAAGGUUCUAUUUAUGAAAUGUUUGGAAAUGAAUGCUCUCUAUCAACGGGUGAAGUGAUCAAAGUGAACAGUUUCAAAAUAAAGAAGGUCAUGGCUAACAUUUAUAAGGAAAAUGAAGAUAAUCAAUGUUCUCCUAAGUUUGAACUGCCUCUAAAUUUUCCAGGUCUUUUCAAGAUUAUGACUGAUAGAAUACCAUAUCACACCAUGGGUGACAUAGCAAGAGCAGUUUACAUUGGCCCAAGCCGGCUAAGUCACCCUUGCUUCUACCAUCAGAAGGGUAUAAACUUGGGGAAUCUCACCAUCCACCAUGGUGAACAGAUCGUGCUCAAUUCCAUCGAAGAGAUUAAUGGGGAAAUGAUGGUGAACUGUGAAGUGGUCAGAAACAAUCAGAACCAUUCAUUUACCAUGCCUUUGUCACAAGAAGGAGAUUUCUAUGAGUGUGAAGAUGAAUAUAUGUAUACUCUAAAAGAGAUUGCUGAGUGGAAGAUUCCAAAGAGCAGAAAACGGAUUGUGAAAUUUACAGAUAUUUCCAAUAAGUUGAACUACAUCUAUCCAUUGCCUAAGGAUUUUGAUGGUUUGCUUAGUCUCACGCCCAUCUAUGAAAUACAGGCAGUGUUGAAAUUCCAAAAAGAUAUAGUUCACAUCCUCUCUGACCUUGAUGUGGAAGUCAAAGACAUAACUGACUGCUAUGAUGCUAAGUGUUUCCUUCAGGUUCUAACCACUGAAGAUCUUUUUGAAAAGACUAGUAAGGAUUUUCCCAUGGCAGCUGAAGUGAUAGAAGGACCUAAAGAAAAUCCAUUGGCCAGUGGCUUAUUGCAACCUGGGAAAAUCAUUGUGAUCCACAAAAAGUAUCAGGCAUCAAGGAUCUUAGCCUCAGAGAUUAGAAGUGAUUCUCCCAAAAGGCAUUUCUUGAUUCCAACUAGCUAUAAAGGGAAAUUCAAGCGGAGACCCCGGGAGUUCCCUACUGCCUACGACCUGGAGAUAGCAAAGAGUGAUGAAGAGAACCUCCACGUGGUAGCCACAAAAGCCUUUGAUUCUUCCUGUGAAGAGCUGUCAUCUGUGUCUGUGGGGGAUCAGUUUUUAGUUCCAUGCUCACAGACCAGUGAAAUUUGGUGUAAGGGGAUCAAAAAGGAAGUAGGUGUUCUGGCUUGUGAAAAAAUCCUCCAAGAGUACUACCAGCCCAUUCUUCUACCUCUGUAUAUGGAAGGCAGCUUCAUAGAAGUGAUUCACGACAAGAAGCAGUAUGAGCUUUCCACGCUGUGUGCUCAAUUUCCCUUGCCUUUCAACGUCAAGGUCUCUGUGAGAGACCUCUCCAUUGAAAAUGACAUUUUGGCCGCCACGCCUGGCUUGCAGCUGGAGGAAAAGAUCACCGACUCUUACCUGCUCAUCAGUGACCUCACUAACCCCAGUGAGAGCUGGGAAAUUCCUGUCAGCCGCUUGGGUAUGGCUGUCCAGUUGGUUAGUUGUACAGUGGAUGUCAUUGACUCAUUUCCAGUCCGAAACACUGUAGAAGAGAUCAGUGAAGAACAAUAUUACAUGAUAAGGAGGUAUGAGAACCCAGCCUUACUCCCACCACCUCGGCCCCCCAAAAAACCUUCUGGGAUGAAAAAGGAACCAAAUUCUCUAAAUUCUCUUGCAGAUCCACCAAGGUCUCUGAAGAGUCUCCAUGUAGACACUGCCAAGAACCUGCACUCACCGCAAGCAACGGCCGCUUCAAAAUUACCAGUUAGUUGUCAAAUUGAUUUGACCCAUCCGGAGACAGAGCAGGAUGUGAUCAGGACAACUGCAUUAGCAGAUACCAGCGUGAUGAGAGAAACCAUCCCGAAUGAAUACUACGUGUAA